UAAAAAAACCCUAAAGUCCUCCUCGCAUUUUUCCCUCAGCUCUCAACACUGCCGCCCGCCCCCUCCCCCCAUCUGCUUUUCCACCUCUCCCUCUGGUGCAGCUGCGCGCAUAUCGCGUUCCCUUCCGCCAAUUAUCCCUUUGCUCUUCAGGCUACCAACGUCGUUUCUGCGUCCGCUGGUCCUGGUUCCCUCUUCGCGUUUCUCCGCCGCUUCCUCUGGUCCUCGUCACUGUUUCCGCUGUCCAGCGCUUCUGCCGUGCAGUGCUCCUCUCCGCUGCUCCUAUUCUUCAAUCACGCCGCCGCUGCUCCUUGCCGCGUCAUCAUUCACUGCAGGGUCUCUCUUUUGUACCAUUUUCUGCAUCAUGGCUUCCAACGUCCAUCAUCCAAAGAUUGAGGAUAGCUUCCAUGACGAAGGGUCUGCUGAGGAAGAUCAGGAUAAAUACCAAGAGGAUUUGGUAAAGAAAUACGGCGAGCAGUUUGCAGAAAGCGAUGGUUUUGAAUACGACUAUUGGCCUGUGACAAUGAAUUGGCUUGGUCUUGGUCAACGCAUCCAUCUCGAAGAGGAUGCAAGGUAUGCUGAACAGGUCAAAGAGGCCCUUGACUUUGCUAUUAGGAAACAGAAUGAAAAGGGGGCAAAUCUUGAAGUGGAUAAAAUUCUUAUAGCAACCGGUUUUCUACCUUUUCUGUAUUACAUAACUUUUAGAGCCAAAAACUUGACUACGGAGGAAACCAGAGAGUAUCAAACUAGGGUCGUAUGGGAUCCAUUUACCCGUUCUGACGCUGAUGCUAAUGUCGAGCUUUUCAGGUUCAGAAAAGAUAAAAAAAGACAGAGUUUCAUGACUUCUUCAGUUUCAUCGAACCGAGGCGACUCAUUCUUCAUCGCCGCGCACAUACUCCUAUGUUUCUGUAUUUGAGUUGCAUGUGGUGGAUUUUCCAUGGAAACAGAGUUUGGAGUUGAGGGUAAUGAUUAACGGAAGUAUGAAGAAGCUGGGUGUCGGAAAAUUUACUCUUCUCUGUCUUCAACCAAGCAGCUCACUGAUCCCGUUGUAUACAAGCUUGUGCGGGUA